CACAGUAAUUUUGAUAGGCCUGAAUGCUGUUGCAGUGGCCUGGGGGCAAAAGUGACCUGCGCUUUGUUUGUGUAUUGGAGAGCGUGCUUGGUUUGGAUUUUGUUUUAUCGUGUCUUCCACAAUUUGGACAUUGUGUCGCUGUGUAUUGUAGGCAGUGGCUGCAAUUGUAAACAACAAACCUCCACCAAAUUAUAGCUCACCAUCGUCCAGGAUUUCUGCAGGAAUGGAUACUCGCUGUCCCUAUCAACGUCGAAGGGCAUUCUGUGGGGAACCGCAUGGCCCGUGCGUUCUACUCUAUUUCUCACGCAUGACAUAAGCCACCAUCUGUUGGCAUCCCGUUCUUUUCCAACAUCAACCACCGCCCUCCGCCAUCAUACAGCAGAGAGGACAGCAAUUUUCAACUAGCACCUGUCUUCUUCUUCAAUUUCGUGCUGGAACUCAUGAUGUCUCAACAACCCCCACCAACGGUCAUGCCAGCCAAUAUGAUGCCACCGCCAGACCAACCCGACUUGUCGCAAGCCAACUCGUAUUAUCCACAGGAGCCAAACGACCUUACUGGUGGCCUACCAAUUAACCUCGACUCAUUAAGAGAUGGGCCACCGGGAAGCAAGCCAUUUUACCCUUAUUCUACGCUUAUCCGAUAUGCUAUCAAGGGCUCUCCCAACCAAAAACUACUCCUAGAAGACAUUUACUAUGCGAUUGAGUCUCGUUUUCCUUAUUUUAGAUCCGCACCUUCUGGAUGGAAAAAUUCUGUUCGGCAUAAUCUUUCUCUCAACCCUUGUUUUGAAAAAGUUCCCCGCCCUUUGACCGACCGUGGGAAGGGCUCCUAUUGGACGGUGAAUGAUAACGUUGACCCCCGGACUGGAGUACAUCGUGUUCGCAAGAAAAAACCCAAGGGUCAAAAACAAGGUCGCAACUCCGAGGAGCAGGAUGUAGACUAUCAUCCUCCUGAACCUGCCUUCAGCGACCCGCAUCAAUUCGUCCAACCUCCUAUGCAUCCAGAUGAUGCUGGCCCGAGCAGACAAGCGCCAUACCCUCCUCCGUAUCCACCACCGUUUGAUCCGGCAUUCUCCAUGAUGCCCCCUGGAAUGCGUUUCCCCCCUCCCCCUGCCAUCUCCCUUGGCCCAGACCAAUUUGAAGUGGACGAGCAUGGAAACAUUAACUGGAGGAUGUCGUGGAUGAAAGAACUGGGACACCUGCAGCAAAUCACGGCUGAACAGGAGAAAGCGGGAGUGGAUGAGGAGUGGUAUAGGAUGAUGCUAAUUCGUGUCCGCAGCGCUCUCAUGACGCCUUAUGCUCCAGAUGGCAUGCAUGUCGCUGGUGGCCCUCCAUCUGCGAUGCCCCCUCACGUACCUCCAAACGGUGAACUCCAACAAUAGUCACCUAACCCAUAUCCUGCUCUAUGGCUAGAUGUUCGCAUUCCCGACCGCGACGACGUAGCCUAUCCACCUUGGACUUUGUUUUCGAAUUCGCCUAUAAAAUCAUUCUCGUCCUACGUCAUGUGUCUGUGGUAUAAACGGUUACUGUUCCAACUAUUACUUUUCACCAGUAUUUUUGUUCCUUCGUACUUCUCUUCUAUUAUUGCUGUCUGUACUAUACGACCAAUCGGAAUGUUAUCGCCAUUAUGACGCCUUUCGUAUUAAAUUCGUAAACAGUUCCUUGAUGAGUCUUUACUUUAUGAUAAACCGUUUCUGCAUGAGUCACCUGGUCCAGUUGGUCGCCACAUUAACAAUGGGAGCCAGUUAUGUCUUCG